UUCUACAGGCGGUACACUGGAAUCUCAUAACUUUACUGUCAAUAUGUGUAAGAGAUUUAAGUAUGUCUGAAAGACUUAGGCUAACACCAGUCAUCCUUUAAAAAAAAUAAUUAAACGCUACUGCGAGUACAGAGUGUUCUUAAGUCCAUGUUUACGUGAAGGUGAUUACGGUUCUUCCUGACGCUGCAUCUUUGCCUUUACGAUGGAAAAAUGCCCAGGUUUUGAAUUAAUUGGUGUUUGAGAGAUCUCAACCAAGUUGAGUUAAAAGGAGUGGGAGAUGCACCACCAGCACUAUUAUCCUUCCCAGAGAAAUGUGCUGAAACAGACACUGUCAAAGGAGGAUAAAAUAUAAGUUUUAUCAGCUGCGGUGUGAUUAAGAGACGGCUUGCUCUCCCUGUCUCCAGACAACUUAACGCAAUGGACCACUUAGGGACAGCAGAUGCUGAGGACGAUUCUGGAUCACUAACACGUCUCGCUCCCAGUCCGCAUAGCGAAGCAGUUGCGCAUGAGUUUCAGGAGCUCUCGUUGCAGCCCAGUCAGUAUUUACCUCCCCUCAAUGAACGGAAGAAUGUACUUCAGCUAAGGCUACAGCAAAGGCGGACACGAGAACAGCUGGUGGACCAGGGCAUCAUGCCACCUCUGAAAAGUCCAGCUGCAUUCCACGAGCAGAUAAAGAGCCUGGAACGAGCCAGGACUGAAAAUUUUUUGAAGCACAAGAUUCGCAGCAGACCGGAUCGGUCUGAGCUGGUCAGAAUGCACAUCCUUGAAGAGACAUUUGCAGAGCCUUCACUACAAGCCACUCAGAUGAAACUGAAGAGAGCUCGGUUGGCAGAUGAUUUGAAUGAGAAGAUUGCUCAGAGGCCUGGCCCUAUGGAACUGGUAGAAAAAAAUAUUCUUCCUGUAGACUCCAGUGUUAAAGAAGCAAUUAUAGCAGUUGGACAAGAGAAUUAUCCUCAAGCUUUGGAUGACUAUUCGUUUGAUGAAGAUAGCAGCGAUGCUUUAUCACCAGAUCAGCCAGCUAGCCAAGAAUCCCAGGGUUCCACAGCUUCCCCUGGUGAGCCAAAAGCAAGUGACUCACCAUCACCAGUAACACCAAAUGCUGCUACUUCAACACAGUAUCCACCUUUAACUUCUCCAGUUCCUGAAUUCCUUAAAACUCCCCCUACAAUCGAGCAGCACGUCACACGUUCUACUACUGGAACCACCCUAACCACAAAUACUGUAUCUGCAGCAAAGCCUGGGCCAACAUUAGUAAAGCAAAGCCACCCAAAGAAUCCAAAUGAUAAACAUCGGAGCAAGAAAUGCAAAGAACCUAAGCCAAGGGUGAAAAAAUUGAAGUAUCAUCAAUAUAUUCCACCUGAUCAGAAAGGUGAGAAGAAUGAACCGCAGAUGGACUCCAACUAUGCUCGUUUGCUACAGCAACAGCAACUGUUUUUGCAGCUGCAGAUCCUGAGCCAACAGCAACAACACUACAACUACCAGACAAUUCUACCUGCACCGCUGAAGCCACUGAAUGACAAACAGAGUAACAAUGGGAAUACGCCACUGAAUACUUUGAACAACAGUACACCAACAUCAGUUGCCAGCUCACCAAGACAGAACAGUAAUACUCCUAGCAGGAAACCGGGACCACUACCUUCGAGCUUGGAUGACUUGAAGGUAGCGGAGCUUAAAAUGGAGUUGAAAUUAAGGGGAUUACCAGUGUCUGGAACAAAAACCGAUCUUAUUGAGCGUCUGAAACCCUAUCAAGAUCUUAAUAACAAUGGGGUCACUACUAGUAGCUCUGUUACAGUGACCACUUCUGCUGGGGCCACAUGUAACACUGGGGAAGUGACUGUGGCUUUUCCUGUUACAACACUAAAUAAAACAGUGGUUAAUACUAUGUCCAGCCUUCCUCCAGAAAAAACAUCCACUGGACCUGGCAGCAAAGCAGUAAAUGCUGAAAACGUUAGCUCCCCUUUGCCUAUAUCGCCUGCUCCUUCAGAACAAUCUAGUCUAAGCACAGAUGACACUAGCAUGGCAGACACUUUCACAGAAAUGAUGACCAUGAUGUCACCAUCCCAGUUCUUAAGUACUUCACCACUAAGAGUGAAUAUGAGUGAUGAUAACCAGAAUCGUAGCAGUGGAAGCAUCUCAAGCAUGGAGUUUGAUGUAGCAGAAAAGGACCGCAAGCUUCAAGAAAAAGAAAAGCAGAUUGAAGAGCUCAAAAGAAAACUGGAACAAGAGCAAAAACUUGUGGAAGUAUUGAAAAUGCAACUUGAGGUUGAAAAACGGGGACAACAGCAACUGUCUCAAACUUCUAGUAACUCAGCUGCUUUGGAUCAGAAGCAAUUCAGUGCUGCUAUCAAAGAUGAGAAAGCUCUUACUGACUGCUCUAGUACAAGUCAAUCUGUAUCCGUAGCUAGUCAUUCUUUAGGACAAUCAAUAUAUACUAGUGGCCAGAAUCCAGUUGCCAAAAAGGCAGUUAUUAUCAAGCAGGAGAUACCUGUGGCCAAAGCUGAAACUCAGAAUGCCAUUUCUCAAUUUUAUGUUAAUCCACAGAGGCAGCCACAAACUGCCAUUGUUGCCCAGCCUCAAGCUUUACUAACAACCCAGGGAGCAGCACAGCUGCUCCUUCCACUAUCUAUCCAGGGACCGAAUUCUACCACUUCAGUGCAGCUACCAGUUGGAAAUAUAAAGUUGCAGGCUCAAUCACAAGCUGGAAUACAGACCCCAUCACAAAUACCUGCUCCUAUUCCCUCUUCUGGCCUGGUCCAGACAGCACCUCAGAUGCAUACUCCGCAGUCAAAACAAAAUACCAUCACGCAGCAUGCACUUGGUCAGGCUCAACAAAUCAGAAAGGUUUUUCCACCUACGACAUCAAAUACAGUAUUUCCCUAUCAGACUCCACCAGUUACAACACCUUCACAAUCUUUUAUUAAUAAAACAUCAAGCUCUAACAUUCACACUGGUAGUAACCAGGCUCCAUCUGUGCAGAAUGGACCUGCUACUCCUAGUAAGCCUGGCUCUCCAUCUCAAGCCCAGCCUUAUAUUGUUCAACAGUCCCUCUUCAACAACGCAUCUUCCAAGACAAAAGAUCCCCCCCGUUAUGAAGAGGCCAUAAAACAGACCCGCAAUAUUCAAACAUCUCACCGUGAGAUUUCUAGUGCGCACAGUCAGCAAAUGGAUGACCUUUUUGAUAUUCUCAUCAAGAGUGGAGAGAUUUCCCUUCCAAUAAAGGAGGAACCAUCUCCCAUUGCUAAAAUGAGACCAGUUACAGCCAACAUCACUACAAUGCCAGUGAAUACGGUGAUAUCCCGCCCACCACCACAAAUCCAAAUGGCACCUCCUGUGUCCUUAGAACCAACAACCAGCUUGUUAAUAAGUUUGGAAAACCAACUUGAAGCUCUCUUGGAUGGAACUUUACCUUCAGGUAAUGAAAUCCCUCAACUGACAAGCAGUAAUGAGGACAGAGAGUCAUUUUCUUUAAUUGAGGACCUUCAGAAUGAUCUGCUUAAUCACUCCAGCAUUUUAGAUCACUCUCAUUCACCCAUGGAAACCUCUGACCCACAGUUUACCACUAAUAAUUCUUGUCUAUCUCUUGAUCUUCCUGACACAAAUUUAGACAAUAUGGAAUGGUUAGACAUUACAAUGCCCAGCUCCUCAUCUGGACUCACUCCUCUCAGUUCUACUGCCCCCAGUGUGUUUUCCACUGACUUUCUAGAUCCACAAGACCUGCAAUUGCACUGGGAUUAAGCUAUAGCCAAUGAGAACACAACCUGCAAAUCUGUUUACAGCAUAGGUCCAUUCUUAAAUGAUUCUGGUUGCAGUUGAGAAAAAUUAACAGAAAUGUUUGGAAGAACAAAUGCUUGAAGCUAAUUCCUUAUUGAUAUUCAAGUUUACAACAAUGAAUUACUUUAUGCUCUUCAUGCUCCUAUCAUUAAUGCAGAUCAGGGCCCUCUGAAAGCUGUAUUUCACAAGUCAAAAGAUGAUUGUACUUACUGAUUAAAAGUACCCCAAGGAAAAUGCAUCGUGGAUGUAUAAGAAAGAAAUAGUAUUACUGACUUUGUAAUGCUUAAACAAAUGACACAACAUGGCUAAUCUUAGAUAAGAAAAGUAAGUGAGACUUCAACUCUCUGUAUUGACCCAGUGAGCAGCUGUUAUUUGGGGGAAGGUGAGAUAUCACUGCACUUCAUUGUUCCUGUGGAUAGCCUGAGCCAGGUUCAAAAUAAAUUGUGAGGGCAAAGGCAAGUAGAAGCACUGGCUGGUUCAGUGAAAUUUCGUGUAUCUAGUCUCUUAAUUUGUUCAAGUUGUUUUUAUAUUUUGGUUUUGUGGUUUUUUAAAACUCUUCUCCCAUUCUUUAAUUCUGAGGGAAGAAUUUAACUGCAUCCGAAGGGAUAUCAAGUGUAACUGCAAGAAAUCCACUGUAGCUCGGCCAGGUAAUAAUGAGAACACUGAAUUUUCUAUAGCAAUGCUCUGGAUUUAAUAGCUAGGUUUUAAUGUGUAUAUCAGACAGUUAUUUGUAUACUCUUUCAACUUUGUAUAGCUUAUUUUUGUGAACAGAGGGGAACAGUGGUCUUCAAAAAAAAAAUCAAGAGAUUACAAUAUUGGAAAUAAUAAAUAUCCUAUUUUAAUUUGUGCUUGAAGAUAUUGUUAAUUAUUGAAUCCAGUAUCUCAUCAUAUUAAAACAUUCUGAGGAAGCAGAAAAAUGUAAUUAAUCCUGUUGCACAUUCUGAUCUUGCAGACAUCUAUGCAAGAAUAGUCCCAAAGACCUCAAUAAAAGAUCUGUGUAGGAUCAAGCCCAGAGUUGCAGGGGACAGUACCGACAGAACAACCGUAACUUCUUACCGAAUACUGUAUCUAUUGAACAGAUUUGUCUAUUGCUACUUAACACAAGGGAAGCUAAACAGAAGUUGCUCAGUAAGAACCCUAAAUAGCCCUUACUGAAAACAAUAAAAGGUAAAUAAGCAGUAUCAGCAUAUACUGUUCAGUGAUAAGAAGGCCUAUUUCACAUCUGAAACAGAUGAUAGCAAAAAUUAAAUUCUUACCUCACAACACAGCAUGUGAAAAUAAUAUUUAAUAUUCUUUUUAGUGGCUAUUACGAUAGUAGUCAGAAAAAUGAACAAAAAAUUCAAACAAGAGUAACAUAUGUUGAAAUUCUAUAGUUGUCUCCCAGAUGAUAGCAGUUAGAUAUUACCAUAGAUAAUGUAUGCUGAUAAUCAGACAUAAAAUAGGAAUUACUUCCCAUUAGGGAAUUUCUAAAUUAAGCUAAAAGGAAAUAGUUUCCUAUUUCCUUCACAAUAGAAAUGUGUUAUGUUUUCUAGUCUGAAAAUUGAUCUCAUUUCAGAACUCUUUCCCUACCACCAGCCUUCAAGAAUAGUGUUGUAGGAACUAAUGAAAAGGUAUGAAGCUUUUGCCUAUUUCUUGGAUUAACGAUCUGCAUCAAAGAUAUAAUGAAAACAAAAAGUACCUGUUAGCAACCAGUGUCACAUUUAAAAAAAUGUUAAUACCAAGCUAUAUUUUACAUACUUUUGCCAGAAAAAGUGGAAUUAUCUGCAAGUUUAGUGUCUCCAGAUCUCCAGUGCAGUCUGUUCUAGUAAUAUUACAGAAUUCCAUUGACUUCAGAUAAAAUAAUGUGUUAUACCAUUGAUUCAAGGCUUAAACUGGUAUUAUAUGUUUGCAUCAUACCAGUUAUCAAUAUUCUAAAUCAUUAUAUACCUUCAAUAGAUUGAUAGGCCAGGAUUUACUUUAAUCUAAAAGUAGACACAAGAAACCAUCUAUCAGGGUUGUCACAACAACAGAUGAAGCUGAAAGACAUCCUUCCUAAUCCCUUCUUGCUGUGCCUGCAGUACUUGAGUACGAUAUAAUAUAUGGACUGCCUGCCUUUAAUUAUGAUGGUAUAGGAUUGUUCAACAAUACUGAACAAAUACAUUCAACGUAGCAUUCCUCUUGAACGUAUUUUCUUGGGCACUAGUACUCUGAGAUACUAAGUGCCCUCAGGUGUUAUUAGAAUUUGUCUUUCCAAGACAAAUUUCUUGCUUUGAUAGGAAGAACUCUGGAUGAAAUUUAUAGUAUUCUACAGUACUGUCAACUUAUUGCAUGCGAUAACCAGACAUAUCUGGGUGUGAUGUGUGGCAUACAAUGUGAUAGCAGACUGAAGAAAAUAAUAACAAGAUCACCCCUUUUUGACCCUGUCUUCUGAUUUAAAAAGAGGCAAAUAAAUUAAUUGUUUGAGGACAAAUUAACUUAGAGCAACUGUACUGUCAUAUUUGAUGUGCAUGUAAAUAUAGCUUAAAACCGGCAAAGUCAUCUUGCUACAAAACUAUCCUCAUUGGCAGUGUAGAAUGUUAAUUAAUCCAUAGGAAUCUAUGUGCAGAAAUAAAUCCAAACAGUUGAGAUGUGUUGUUACCAGUUCAGUAUAGCUUUCUACCCUAAAAGUCUAUUUGCAAAAAAAAUUUAAAUAAAUAAAAAAGGGAUCAUUUUAGUUUUUAAAGUACAACUAUUCUAGUGUAGGAGAUGUGUGAUUAUUUUUUGUACAUUUCAGAAUUAUGUGUAUUAAAACCUUAUAUAUAAUGGUUUGCUUUAGACUCUGUUCUGAAAUGUGAUAUAUUUGCCAUAGUUAUAUAUGCCUGUUAUGGCAGAAAUAGAUUUUGCUUUUGUGUGUGCAUGUUUUACAGGAUAAUUUUUGUAACACAAAUACAACACAUCUUUGAAAUUUAGCAAUGACUGUACAGUUUGACUGUACAGAAUUGAAUAUUUCUCAUUAUGAGAACAGUUGCAAAGGAAUGCACUGGCACAAGAUUUUCCAUAUAAUGGCUGCAGUAUGCUAACAGAACACAUAUCAUAAAUGUGCUGUUAGUAGAUGCUUAUAAAGUAAUUAAAAAUAUCAUUUUUAUCAGAACAAGAUUCAAAAGUUGGUGUUUACACCUCAACACAAGCAGAAAGCUCAGACAUGUACAUUUUACAGGGCUAAUGUUAAUGAAGAAGAGUUGCACCCUGCAUUUAAUACAGAAACGGUAUUUGUUAUGCACUUUUAGUGCCAUUCAGCAUUAGUUAAGGCAAGUAAGUUUACAGGCAGAAUUUUUAUUUAACAUUAUAAAUAGUUAAUAAAUCACUGUCAUAAACUUAGUGGUUUUCUCUGAGAAUAAAAUUAAUUUAUGGCAGUUGUUCUCUACACAAAUUUAAGGUCUAAUCCAACCAUGAGGGCUUGCAGAAUUAGGCCUUUAAAAAGCUGAGGCCACAGCUUUUAGAAAUAAUCACUACUAAAUACUGAAAAUUUUUUUCAAGUUAUUUCUAAAUUCACCAGCAGGAGUCAUCCUCAAGGAAACAGGUUAUCAAAAUAGAAGUUUUGAUAUUAAACUUCCUUACAUAAUCUCAAACAUUCAGAUGCCUGGAAAGUGUAGGCACCACAGUUGAAAACCAAGCACAAGCUGUUGAACUGCUUUCAAGGCAGAGAAAAUGCAAUCACAAAAUAUGUUUAACUGGAAGGGCAUUAUGUAAUCAAAACACAGUAAAGCUUAUUGCUGUAUACAAUUAUUAUUAGAAUGGCAUCUUCAGUGUAUUUUAAAUUUAAGCAAAUUCUAUUAAAACUGGAAAAAAAAUCUUCCGCUUAUCUCUAAUAAACCUUGUAUUGAAACAUUUUACAUUAUGGUCUAUUAAAUUGCCUUUAGAUGAUUUUUAGACCAUACUACAGAUUUUUUUAACAUUAGAUAUGUGGAAUAGAGUUGCGUAUAAUAUAAACACGGCCAAUAAAGAGCAUCCAUUAAAACCUGAACCUGAAGUAAUCUCAAAUAUUCUUUUUAUACCAGUUUGCUAGGAAUAAAGUGCAAAAAAGAGACACCUACAUCCUUCUGUAGUGUCUGAUAGUGAACGUAAACACUUUUUUUAAAAGCACAUAAAUGCAUUUGUAGAAAUCUAGCCAAAAAAAGUCAUUAUAGCUAUGAGAGCAAAACUUCACUAAAAAGCAGGGAAUAGUUACCUACUAUAUCAUUACACUAUUUUUAUAAAGAGUACAGCUCCUAUAUUCAAAAAGACAGACUAAAAUAUAGUAAUACAAAAAUUUUAAUAGGAACCAAAGCAUUGCCAUUUAUAUUGCCAAAGGAGGCACUUUGUAUUUUGAAGCAUAGGAAAGUGAAUCCCCCAAAAUAUUAUCCAUAAUUUUUUAAAAUUUAAAGGAUGUAGAUAUUUUCAAAGCUGUUUUUGAUGUUUAACAGUACAGGUUUGUUUUUGUUGUUUGAGAAAUUUGUAUUAAGUAAUAGCACAGGCUUUAUUCCAGAUCAGACUUUUCUUCACUGUACUGCUUGCAGUAGAAAUAACGCUAACCCUAGUAGGUGUUUCUCUUCUUAUUUUCAUAGUCAUAAUUAUGUCUUAGCAUCUCAUUUUGUGAAAAGAAGAAGAUAGAUACCUCUCUCUAGGGCCCUCUUCAUUUAAGCACUACUUUACUAAAUACAAAUUAUGGCAAUCAGGGCGUUAUGUAUUGCCUUUCUAUAAGAAACCAUGAUGCCUUUGUAUUUGCUGUUUGCACCCCUAAAAUCAAUUCCAUAUGUUUGAAUGCCAUAUGUUUUGCACAUUGUACUGUAUAUAUGUAAUGCAUACUGUAUUUUUAUAUGUGUAGUACAUUUAUCAAAUAUUUUGUACAUAGUGGCAAUAUUGUAGCUACUGAGGAAAUGUUUGAUAUUUCAGCAUUUUUGCUAAGUGUCUCAAUAAAAAAAGGAAAACUGUG